GAUCCUGUGACAUUCAAAUCAGCGUCUGCUUAUGCUACGUUACCAACGUUACACGCAUAUAAAAAAUUCUCUUUGUCGUUUCAAUUUAAAACUACAGAGGAGUCUGGUUUAGUUUUGUUUAAUUCGGGUCAAGGUCAGGAUUUUUUCUGUAUCGAACUUCACGGAGGAUAUUUAUAUUAUAUCUACAAUAUGGGAGCAGGAGCGCAGCGAAUCAUGAUCAACUCGAAAGAUAAGCUCAACAAUAAUAAAUGGCACGAAGUUCGUCUGCUACGUCCAGAACUACACAAACAGCUGAUCCGAAUCGACGAUAACACCCCAACAGUUGAUAAUCUAGGAGGUUCACAAGCUUUACAUUUUGAUUUAGAGGGUUCGUUAUUUGUUGGUGGCGUCAGGAAAACGAUGUAUCAUUCGUUACCGAAGAUUAUCACGUCCCGUCAUGGCUUUCUGGGAUGUCUAGGCUCGCUAGAUUUAAAUGGAUAUCUUCCUAAUUUGGUAAAAGAAGCAGACACAAUACAUCAGUCUAUUGUUGAAGGUUGUAAAGGUAAGAGCAUUUUGUUUUAA